AUGAAUGCCCUCCAUCAUCUUGUUAAACCGUCUCUUGUUUCUUCACUACUAGAAACAUACACUUGCCAGCCUCAAUAAUUACACUAAUUAAGCUACGACUAUAUAUAUGUAUACAUAUAUAUAUAUAUAAUCACUACGCUUAAUAUCGAGUUUAGUAUCACUAGUUCACCGUCGAUCAUGUCUUUGGUAUUGCUUAAAAUCAUGGCAGCUGCCUUGUUAUUGCUUCAGUUGCAUGCAUGCAACGCAAGGCACACGUUUGAUCUUGUAUCCUAUACGAAGGAUUCUGAUGCUGAUAAAACAAAGAUAGUAGAUGAUGAAAUGAAUAUAAAGGGCCUUCAUGUGUUGGAGGACACCAAAUUUAAAUCUUCUGAUGACGUAACAGUUGCUACGUUGGAAAAUAACACAAGGCCAGCAAGGGAAGUACAGGGUUUCGGAGAGAAGACAAGAUCAAUGAUAGAAUCUAAGUCCCAUGAUGAGACCAAAGAGGCGACUAAUGAAGAUGAAGGCGAACCUGUUGAAGACGCCGUGGUCAUGGAUUAUGUUCUUCCCCAUCGCAAGUCUCCAAUUCACAACCAUCAUUAAACCUUGUAAUUUCCUAUGAUGAGUUUCUUAAAUGAGAAAAGGUUGUACUUGUGCACAAGGCUCUGCUAUUUAGUGCAAAUUUUUUAAAAAUAUUUAUGUUUAUACAUAUGGAUAUUAUUCCCCCUUUAUACGAGUCUUUUUUUUUCAGAUUGUAACAAAAGUAAAGUUAUAAUUAGGUGGAUGUACUAGACCAUGGUUUUUCUCUUUUUAAAUUUAAUAGAGCAAUGUGUGUUUUGUAACAUAAAUAUUGUGCUCGAAAAAUUAUACUACGUACUUGUAUUAAUUAAUGGAGUUAUGAAGAGACAAAAUUAGAUAAAA